AUGAAUUGACUUGCUGCUGAGGCUUUGUCACUUUCGGAGCAAAACGAGCGUAAAUUUGUCAGAACCACGGUCAACGGUUGCACAAAUGACCAUGCAGAUUUGGUUGCUGGUAGACCUAUUAGUGAUGCCACGGACAAUCCUAAGUCACCCAUCGUAGACGGAAGUACACCCGUUGCUACAGUGGUCGUUUCGAGCGAUGAUAGCAAAGUGGCAAACCAAAACAUGAAUCCAGGAAGAUCUGAUUCAGUCGGACUGACUUCAGAGGGAAGCAAUUCGAACUCGUCGAAUAUUGUUUCCGAUCGUGGUAGAAGCAGUAUCCUCUAUGAUCUUUUAUCCGGUCGUGAGAAUGUGAACACAGCAUGUCAUCGAAGUCGAUUGUUCUUACUCUCAGCUAAACGUCAAACAAAUGGUCAUAACGGAACGUCCUGUAAUGGCAUGAGGCGCAGAAAACCGCUAAGACCAGUGAAAAAUGUGAACACAUGUUACGAAAAUACCUCAGAUGGUGAAGCCAUACAAAAACAAGCUACUUCAAAUGAGCAUGCACAACCCGAUUCGUCACUGCUGUCAUUCACUCAACACAGUCGUACAUCAUCAAACUCCUACAACAAGUUGAGAGUUGAAAAACUUCAUGAACAAAAGCUUUACCGUAACCGAUUGUAUACUACCCCCAACAAGACGUCCAAGGUCGACCGGUGGUUCCGAGGUCACCCAUUGGCUUCUGGUUUGCACGUCAAAAGAAAAAACAAAGCUACUUCAAAAGCGUGCAAGACGAAUGGAGGAGAACUUCAACUGGAACAACCUCUUGAUCUUUCGUCGCCAAAGUCAACUGGAGUCCCCGUUGAAGAGUUGAAGAACAGAAUGCGUGGACCAGGUGAGUCAAACUCAACAAAAAGAUUCCGGAAACUGUUUGACGAUUGCCGUCGUCGUUUAGAUCGUCCAAAUCGUCUUGAUUUUGAGCAUGAUUCGGUGCCGCGCUGCGGCGAGAAUGUGAGCCGGUUUCUGGGGAAAGCAGCUUCCAUGCAUCCUGUUGCACCGACAUUCGCGCCUGCGACCAAUAUAUCCAAUUCGCUUCCAAAUCCAGAUGGCCUUAAUCCUUUGAUUUCUGAUAUUUUGAACAUGUUAUUGAAUCAAUCAGGUUGUUCUGAGAUCACUUACUCAGGGUUAAACUCACCGCCUACACAAGAGAAAAUAACCAACCUUCUCGAUAGAACGUUCAACGCUCAACAACCACGAAUUUCUCACCCCAAAGAACCUCAGUCUACACAACUGACCAAUCCAAAACCAUUUGCUAAAUCUGAAGAAAUCAACCGAUUCUUCGAAUGCUACUUUCAACUCACAUGUCCUCCUCCUAUGCGCAACACUCCAGCUACUCGAAAAUUUGACUUCUAUGACAAGGUAGGUUCAUGCUUACUUCAACCUCCUGAAGCCGCACAACCCUCCGGAAUUAUCAACCAGCACGGAAGGGUUGAACCCCUUGAAACCUCAUUUCCACACAUCCACACACACGUUCCAAAUGCGGACCAAUCCACACUUGCUGAUCCACCUCCACCUCCAAUGCAACGCAUUGCGCAUUCACUUGUGGAGAGAAUUUUAACUACGCUGUACGGCGUGAUGCCGACAAUCAGAAGUGGACGAAUUAGUGAAUCGAUCACUUCUCCAUCGAACCUAAUGGACGUCGGGCAGGAUAAUGCUGGACCCUCCUCGUCUUCCUGUCUAUCUUCUCUACCGUCCAAGGGAAAUGUACAGUGGUGUACUAGUCCGAUCAAAAAACGAUCACGAACCUCUGCUCACCUCGUUGAUAGUCUAACAAAAUUGAGAUCCGAUCCGAUACUGAAUUAUUUGGUACAAUUUAUUAAACAUCCCGAAGCUUUGUUGAUCGAUUGCUUCAAUCCGAUUCCGACCGGACCUUCCGGAGACUUGGAGAAUCCUUGUGAUCGGAACGCGAUCGUGCAAAGAUUAGGUGCACUCACUUUUCAACUUUUGUCCCGAACUGAAAUUGAUCGUAUCGGUCUGUUUCAAGACACAUGGCAUCUGCUCUAUGUGUUGUGUGUAUUGGAGCGAGGCCCAGAUACAUGGACGGCGGAAUCCACCAGCCUGGGAUCGGCAUUUACCAAUGAAGAUAGCUACUGUUUUCAAACCAAAAUGGAUAUAUUGUCCAAAAUAAAAAGACUCAGCGCCCAAUUAAAUCUUUCCACGCAAAUGUAUAGCCUUCUUCGAGGUCUAUUGCUCUGUCAUGGAAAAGGUGGUGAACUGAAUGCGGAUACAAUUGAUCGCCUGUGUGAAUUGAUGCCUGGAUUGGGUUCAACCGAAAUGUCCAGUUCCAAACAUAUGCUCCUCAAAAAGUUGUUGAUUAAAUUGUGCUCGUUUCACAAAGACUUCGUGUGUGGUAUCNCGCUGCCGAAUGCUAUUUGA